AUGUGGUCUGGGCUCAGCGUGUCUCGUCUUGCCCAACAGUCCUGCUCCUUAUCGCUUCUUCAUGAUGCCUACAAAUGGCAGGCUGGUCACAAUCUCCUCUCAACUGUUUGGCGCACCAUCUACGGCAUCAGCUCCUGUCAAUCUUGCCAGCACCAGCUUGCAAACGUGUGGAAUGGGGCACAGAAAGAGCAGCAGGCCAUGUUGUGCAGCUGGCAGUCAUGCCGUGCCAUGGCAACAGCUGCUGCAGAGAAAACCAGUGCCAAGAAGCACCAAAGUGAGAACACACCCAUUGGGAGCAAGGAAUUCGCGUGGGCAAGAACAAUAGAGCGGUAUUCCAUCACAGAAGGUCAGGUGGAAGUUGUGGAGCAGCUGUCAUAUGAGCUGCAAGUUUCAGAAUGUCGCAUUGCGCGUGUGCUUGCCAAGAAGGCCCCAAGAGUGCUGCAGCUGUCUGUGGAUGACGUGAUCAUUCCCAAAAUUGGCUUCCUGCGGCGCUUAGGCAUGAGCACAAUGGGAAUCGAAAGGGUGGUGCUGAAAUGGCCCGAGUUUCUUUUGACAGACUUCAACCAGGACAUCAAGACGAACUUCUGUCUGAACUAUCUGGUCCAGCAGCUAGGUGUGCGCAAGGACAGGCUUCCAGUGAUAGUACGCAAGCGGCCAGUGCUGCUGUGGAUGACAGAACGGACAGCUGUCCAGAAGGUUAUGUAUUUGCAGGGUCUGGGGCUAUCACGUAUACAGAUCGGAUACAUGCUUGACAGGGCGCCAAGCAUCUUUGCAUGCGACUUGGAGGGCCGCCUAAAGCCCUUCGUGGAGUACUUGUUGCACGACCUCAAAGUUACUGAUGCAAAGGUGGCGCACAUUCUGUUGCGGGAGCCAUCGCUGCCGGGCAAGUCUUUUGGGAGCAGCAUCUUGCCCUGCAUAGAGCUGCUGAGAGGAUUGGACCUUUCGCUGGAGGCGAUCGGCACCAUGGUCGCACAAGAGCCAGAGAUCCUGGCAUGGAGCGUGGAAAAGAAGCUGCAGCCCAUGCGGAAUUAUUUAAUGAAGGAGCUGAAGAUGCCUAGCCAGGCUGUUGGCAAAGUGUUUGGCGGGCGGCCACAGGUCCUCACACAUUCGAUCCAUCAUGAUGUUGCCCCCAGAAUAAGGCAGUUGCUGGGAUGCGGGUGGAGAAGGGGAGAGAUCGGCAAGUUGGUGGCAGGCAUCCCCAGCAUCAUGACAUUUUCACCAGGGGAUGGCACUCUGGUGAAGAUGAAAUUCUUGUGCAAGGUGGCAAGGAGGAGUGUGGCAGAGCUUGUGGCUUUCCCACAGUACAUGAAGCUACCAUUCAAAGACGUCAUCCUGCCUCGAGUCACGUAUCUCCUACAGAUCGAGUUGGCGAGUGUUGCAUUUGAGCUGCCCAUGGACGAGCUGUUUGUGCCAUCGCACAACACAUACAUAGCAGAGGUUGCAGGGAGGACGAGGGAGGAGUACGAUGAGUACAGGCACAACUUGGAGAAGAACAAAGUGGCGCAAAAUUGGCUGCAAGAGGAGGCCGCUCUGAAUGUGCCAUUUGAGCAAGGCUGA